ACAAGGCGCUCGAAGCUCUCCGGCGGGGACUUUCUCAGCUGUAGAUCGAAUUUGAAACUAUCGAGGAGUCGCGCGCUCGCGUGACCGCCAUUCCUUGCUGAUAGCCUACAAGUCAUGACUCGCUCACAGCACAAGCACAAGCAAGAGGCUCUCACGCAUGACUACAAGACGCUUGGAAAGUCAGCGUCUGUCCAGAUCAAGAAGAACGGCGCUGGUCGUCAUUCAUGGGGCAACGAUCAGCUCGAUAUCCAUGACAGCAUCGAUGCACUUGACGAGAUCCCCGAUCGUACCAUGCCUGAUCCCCGCCUUUCGACCUCUCCCCAGGUAGUGCACAAGUUUGCCUCGAGCCCAACCGAGAGCACUAUCACCUCUGCCUCUGACAAGUCGUCCGACAAGAGUGACUAGCCGCUUACAGACCUAUCCCGCGCACAAGACUGUAUCGACUACAAAAGAA